AUGAUCGGCCCGAACGAAAGCAGCAAUGCCGACCGCUUGGAGUACCUGUACCUCAACCUGGUCGGCCAGACGGUGUUGAUCCGCACCGUGGACGGGGCUCUGUGCGAGGGCCUGUUCGUUUCUCGCACUGACGCCGAUUUGGCGGCGAACGAAGCAGGUGUCUUCAUCUCUUUCCCACGCAACCUGCCCUCGAAGGUGCACAGCGCCCUCGACGCGUCGGAACUUUCGGAUGAGACGCGCCUCUUCCGGUACGAGGACAUCAUCAUGAUGGAGGCUAAGAACAUGAAGCUGCGCACCGAGACCCCGGGCGCUGGCCAUGUGCACUCCUACCGCGGCGAGCACGACCUCAAGACGCUGGACUGGGCUGCCGAGGGCGCGGAUGAGCUGCUGGAGGCCGACAGCCACGUCACCGGCCAGUGGGAUCAGUUCAAGGCGAACGAGCGCUUCGGCGUUGCCUCGACCUACCGCGAAGAGUUGUACACGACGAAGCUGGAUGAGUCGAAGCUCAGCAAGGAGCAGAUCGCCUACGCUGAACGCACCGCGAAAGAAAUCGAGGGCUCCGGCACGCGCAACCUGCAGCACCGCCUCGAGCGCACUGAUGUGACGACCGAGUAUGUGGAUGAGGGCGCCAUGUUCUCCGACGUGGCACGCGACGCUCGCGGAAGCAAACGCAGCGCUCAGGCCACGCGCAAGGAGGCCGCUGCGGCCACGUCAGCAGCACCGGCUGCACCAGCCGCGACUCCAGCAGCAACCACAGCUACGGCAGGCCGCGGUGCAGCUCGUCAAGCGGCGCCGGCGCCGGCGCCGCCGCCACCGCCAGAGGAGCCCGUCACCCUGCCCCCGCCACCGGCUCCCGAAGUGGGUUCGGCGCAGCAGAAGACGGUCUACAGCCCCAACCCGUCGGCCACCCCGUUUGUGCCGCCGCUGAAGAGCUUCCUGGCGAACGUGGCCAGCCUCGUGGCGAACAACGACAACUGCUACGCCUGCCCAACGGACUGGCCUGGCGACAUCGACUUCUAUGACCGCGACGUCUCACACUACUCACGCCCGCAGACGCUGGUGCAGCCGAAUAUGCAUCACAAGUACAACCAGCCCGUCAUGAAUCCCAUGCCAGGCCGCGGCGCCCCCAUGAACCACCACCAGCACCACGCUAUGAACCCGCAUCCUGCGGUGUACAAUGCGGGUGGCCCGAUGGGGGGACACAUGGGCAACCCACACGUGCAGCAGCAGCACCCGCAGUACAUGGAUCCCAGCAACAACAACGGCAUGAUGUCGCCGCAGGGGCCAGGCGGUAUACCGGGUCCGUCCCCGGCACGCAUGCAGCAGCAGCAGCGCGCGUCGAAGACGUCGCAACCUCAGCAACCGGUUCACACGGCCGCCCAGACCAUCCCGCCUCCUCAGCAACAGCAGCCCCAUCAGCAGCAGCAGGUGUCAGCAAUUGACAGCAGUGGUCCUCAGCAGGACCGUGCCGCGCCCGGCACCAAGAAGCUGCGCCGCGGUGGUAUGGCCACUGCGGCCCGUCAGGACGGCGGAGAGGGCGCGCAGGGCGGAGGAAAGAAGGGUGGGAAGUAA